AUGAACUCAUUUAGCUCAGUCAUCGGAACCAUCAGGCCUUCGGGCCUGAUCCCCGCCAACCUCCUCAAAACCCUGCGCUUAACAAAGACAGCUUCUGGUUCUCAGGACCAAGAACACCUCCUCCAAAGCGCCGCUGUUUUCAGCAUUCUGAUCCACAUCGCUGACAUCAGGCGCGACCUCAGCGACAGCUGGGAUGAGUUUGCCGGGGGGCUGCUGACCAUUUUGGAGCCAGUCACGACAGCCCCCCUGCAAACUGUGACCUCUGCUCAGCUGAGUGAAGCUGCGGACGCGGUAAUUGCGCACUGCAAAAAUUCCCCGGAAGCGGCAGAGACCGUCAGCUUUCUGCUGGAGAAAGUGGACGUCGCAAAUGUGGCGCUUCCCGUCGACUGGAAAUCGAAGGAAGAUCUGUUGACGAGCUUUCAUCGCCUGCAUGAUUACCUGCAACGAGGGCAGUCGCGUCCUUCCGAGGGGGCCGGAGACGCCGCCGGUUUCAUGGACGUGCCCAUCUGGUACGGCACCUGCCGGCAGCCCAGUGGGAAUAAUCUCACGGAAGCCUUUUACGGCAUUGAGCGAGCGGACGAAGUCUCCGUGGGCCUUGUGCGCGUUUCCAUUCCCGACAUUGACAACGUUGCUCAGACGCGUUCCGAUCUCCCUUUUGGGUGGUUUUGGGAUCGGGCUCGGACGGCCAAGACCGGGGUUCGAGACGGGUUAAUGAUAACCAAGUGCAUGGGAAUGAGCCAGGAAUAUUUGAAACACCACAUGGCGCAGAAUCGGCGGCAUGUGGAUAAGACUCUGAGGGGACAGAGGCGGGGGGGCCAGCGCGGAUGGAGCAAGGGGAAAAGCGAGGCGGUUGUUUACGUGCACGGGUUCAACUUUCGGUUUGGGUCGGCGGCGAGGAAAAUGGCGCUCUGCGCAUAUAAGAUCCAGGAGGAUGCGCCGCUGUUUUUGUUCAGCUGGCCGUCCUAUCAGGCGAUUGACAGCUACAGCGCCGACGAGAGCAACGCGAUGUGGGCUGUGGCGCACUUCGUCGACUUCCUGACAAAGAUGCUGACGGAGUUCCAGCUGGACAAGGUGCAUAUCAUCGCCCACAGUAUGGGCUCCCGGGUUGUGCUGUACGCGCUUAUGAGGCUCGCGCUGGGGGAACUCUCUGAGGGCUCCGCCAAGCUGGGCCGCCUGGUGCUGGCCGCCCCGGACUUUGACCUCGGGGAGUUCUACCAGCUGCAAAGUCAGCUGAGCAAAACGGUGGAGCACGUGACGAUCUACGCGUCCUCCGCCGACCAGGCUCUCCACGUGUCGUCCCGCAUCCACGGCAGCCACCCCCGCCUCGGGACGUUUCCAAUCUCCCCCGGGGUACGCCCCUGGCACGUACCGUUCGCAGAGAACGUCGACCUGGUAGACGCUACCAGGCUGGACAAGAGCCUUCUCGGGCACGGGUACGUCUUUUCCGUUCCGGGGGUGCUGACCGACGCGUGCGAGUUCCUGCGGGACGGAGUUCCGGCGGAACGGCGGCCGAAGCUGAAGGAGACGGUCGCAGAGAACGGAUUCCGGUUCUACACGUUCCAGGGGGUUGCGGAGGACCCCUGGGCAGAGCUGAUGGGAGACGCGGAGGACCCCCCCGAUGCGAAAGCGGAGGCGCAGUGGGCGGGGCUCGGGGAAGCGGCAAAUGGUUUGCCGGAGAGCAGUCGGACGAAGCUGGCCAAGUUCUUCGGCGACGAGUCGAUACAGGGGGAACGGAACGAGUAG